UCCUUUCUCCCUCGCUCCUACCCUCUUGCUUCCCUCGCGUCUCUUGCAAAACCCGGGACGGAUCGGGGGCCCAGGCCUGGCCUCCGCGCACGCGCAGGAGCAGCGCCGGCUCGGCCGCCAGUCGGAAGCGCCAGCCCAGAGCCUGGGAAGUGGCCGCAGAGGCUACUCGGCCCCGCUGCCCGCCAGGUCGUGGGCUCCCGCUCCGGGCCCGGGGCCACCGGCUGUGGACUUCAAAAUGAGCGUCCCUGACUACAUGCAGUGUGCUGAGGACCACCAGACGCUGCUCGUGGUGGUCCAGCCUGUGGGCAUCGUCUCCGAGGAGAACUUCUUCAGGAUCUAUAAGAGGAUUUGCUCUGUGAGUCAGAUCAGCGUGCGGGACUCCCAGCGAGUCCUCUACAUCCGCUACAGGCACCACUACCCACCCGAGAACAACGAGUGGGGCGACUUCCAGACCCACCGCAAAGUCGUGGGCCUCAUCACCAUCACAGACUGCUUCUCGGCCAAGGACUGGCCACAGACCUUCGAGAAGUUCCACGUGCAGAAGGAGAUCUACGGCUCCACACUGUAUGACUCCCGGCUCUUUGUCUUCGGGCUGCAGGGGGAGAUCGUGGAGCAGCCGCGCACCGACGUGGCCUUCUACCCCAACUACGAGGACUGCCAGACGGUGGAGAAGAGAAUCGAGGACUUCAUCGAGUCACUGUUCAUCGUGCUGGAGUCCAAGCGCCUGGACAGAGCCACAGACAAGUCUGGGGAUAAGAUCCCCCUUCUUUGUGUCCCGUUUGAGAAAAAGGACUUUGUAGGACUGGACACAGACAGCAGACAUUACAAGAAGCGGUGCCAAGGCCGCAUGCGGAAGCAUGUGGGGGACCUGUGCCUGCAGGCAGGGAUGCUGCAGGACUCCCUGGUACAUUACCACAUGUCGGUGGAGCUGCUGCGUUCUGUGAAUGACUUUCUGUGGCUUGGAGCUGCCCUGGAAGGAUUGUGUUCAGCUUCUGUCAUCUAUCACUAUCCUGGUGGAACUGGUGGGAAGAGUGGAGCUCGGAGGUUCCAGGGCAGCACCCUUCCUGCUGAAGCAGCCAACAGACACCGGCCAGGUGCCCUCACCACCAAUGGCAUCAACCCUGACACCAGUACUGAGAUCGGACGUGCUAAGAACUGCCUUAGCCCUGAAGACAUAAUUGACAAGUAUAAAGAGGCGAUUUCCUAUUACAGCAAGUAUAAGAAUGCGGGAGUGAUUGAGUUGGAAGCGUGCAUCAAGGCUGUACGUGUCCUUGCAAUUCAGAAACGGAGCAUGGAAGCAUCAGAAUUUCUUCAGAAUGCAGUUUACAUUAACCUUCGACAGCUUUCUGAGGAAGAGAAAAUUCAGCGCUACAGCAUCCUCUCCGAGCUCUAUGAGCUGAUCGGCUUCCAUCGCAAGUCUGCGUUCUUCAAGCGCGUGGCCGCCAUGCAGUGCGUGGCCCCGAGCAUCGCGGAGCCUGGGUGGAGGGCCUGCUACAAACUCCUCCUGGAAACGCUCCCCGGCUACAGUCUGUCGCUGGAUCCCAAAGAUUUCAGCAGAGGCACGCACAGAGGCUGGGCUGCGGUCCAGAUGCGUUUGCUCCAUGAAUUGGUCUACGCCUCCCGAAGGAUGGGGAACCCUGCCCUCUCUGUCAGACACCUGUCCUUCCUUCUACAGACCAUGCUGGACUUCUUGUCGGAUCAGGAAAAGAAAGAUGUGGCCCAAAGCCUAGAGAACUAUACGUCCAAGUGUCCUGGGACCAUGGAGCCCAUCGCCCUCCCUGGCGGCCUCACCCUGCCACCGGUGCCCUUCACCAAGCUUCCCAUCGUCAGGCAUGUGAAACUAUUGAACCUUCCUGCUAGCCUCCGGCCACACAAAAUGAAAAGCUUGCUGGGUCAGAACGUGUCAACCAAAAGUCCUUUCAUCUAUUCACCAAUUAUCGCACACAACCGUGGAGAAGAGCGGAACAAGAAAAUAGAUUUCCAGUGGGUUCAAGGAGAUGUGUGUGAAGUUCAGCUGAUGGUGUAUAACCCAAUGCCGUUUGAACUUCGAGUUGAAAACAUGGGGCUGCUCACCAGCGGAGUGGAGUUCGAGUCUCUCCCUGCGGCGCUUUCUCUUCCGGCUGAAUCUGGUCUGUACCCAGUGACGCUCGUCGGGGUCCCGCAGACGACUGGAACAAUUGCUGUGAACGGUUACCAUACCACGGUCUUCGGUGUGUUCAGUGACUGUUUGCUGGAUAACCUGCCAGGAAUAAAAACCAGUGGCUCCACAGUCGAAGUCAUUCCCGCGUUGCCAAGACUGCAGAUCAGCACCUCUCUGCCCAGAUCUGCACAUUCAUUGCAACCUUCUUCUGGUGAUGAAAUAUCUACUAAUGUAUCUGUCCAGCUUUACAAUGGAGAAAGUCAGCAACUAAUCAUUAAAUUGGAAAAUAUUGGAAUGGAACCAUUGGAGAAACUGGAGGUCACCUCGAAAGUUCUCACCACUAAAGAAAAAUUGUACGGCGACUUCUUGAGCUGGAAGCUGGAGGAAACCCUUGCCCAGUUCCCUUUGCAGCCUGGGAAGGUGGCCACGUUCACAAUCAACAUCAAAGUGAAGCUGGAUUUCUCCUGCCAGGAGAAUCUCCUGCAGGAUCUCAGUGAUGAUGGAAUCAGUGUGAGUGGCUUUCCCCUGUCCAGUCCUUUUCGGCAGGUCGUUCGGCCCCGAGUGGAGGGCAAACCUGUGAACCCACCCGAGAGCAACAAAGCAGGCGACUACAGCCACGUGAAGACCCUGGAAGCUAUCCUGAAUUUCAAAUACUCUGGAGGCCCGGGCCACACUGAAGGAUAUUACAGGAAUCUCUCCCUGGGGCUGCAUGUAGAAGUUGAGCCAUCUGUAUUUUUCACCCGAGUCAGCACCCUCCCAGCAACCAGUACCCGGCAGUGUCACCUGCUCCUGGAUGUCUUCAACUCCACCGAGCAUGAGCUGACCGUCAGCACCAGGAGCAGCGAGGCGCUCAUCCUGCACGCCGGCGAGUGCCAGCGAAUGGCUAUUCAAGUGGACAAGUUCAACUUUGAGAGUUUCCCGGAGUCCCCUGGGGAGAAGGGGCAAUUUGCAAACCCCAAGCAGCUGGAGGAAGAGCGGCGGGAAGCCCGAGGCCUGGAGAUCCACAGCAAGCUGGGCAUCUGCUGGAGAAUCCCCUCCCUGAAGCGCAGCGGCGAGGCGAGUGUGGAAGGACUCCUGAACCAGCUCGUCCUGGAGCACCUGCAGCUGGCGCCUCUGCAGUGGGGUGCUGGUUUUUGACAUGGGAGGAAAUUAACAGUGAAAGCAAGCCUGUCCUAUUUACAAAGGGAGUUAGUGCUCACAGUGCAGCUAAUGCCGUUGCUCUUGAGAACAUUCACAAAUCCGUUUUGCACACCACCCCCCCGCCGCUGUCCAGCUGCUUUGCUGUUGACCUGUGUUACCCAUGAGCUCGGGGGAAGCUGAGAGGACAUUGUCCCACACCUCUCUCCUGCUAGACUCAGGCUGCAGCGGGGAGCUGGUGGGUUUGCUUCCCAAGGCCAAGUCUCCCGGCCUCCCGGUCCCAGAGCGGGAGGGCAGUAGAGGAAGGGGAGCCGCCGCAGGGCUGUCUGAGGUCUUGCUUUCUGGGGAGCAGAGAUGGCUUCAGGAAAAAAUCCCCGGAGAGGGUUGGCCUUGACCCUGAGGUGGUUGCAGGGAGAGGUGGCCAAAGGCUGGAAGAGGUAUGCUGAAAUUCAGUCCCCAACCUGCAGCCCCUCCGGUGCCUGUGUGCCCCUCCACCCCCACCCCACAGGCCUCUCCUCCAAAUCCCCACAUCUGAGGGGCCCUGGCUGAGAGCAUGGCACAGAGGGAAAGAAACUCAGUGCACUGACUCAGUCUGUGCUCCGUGUCCCUGGCUGUGUGCGUUGCCUCGGUCACCCUCCCACACAGCCUGUGAAGCUGGAGAGCAUCAUUUUUAUUUUAAUGAUGAAGGCCCUGGGACUCGGAGUUGGGGAACUUGCUCAAGGUCAGACUAGAUAGAGAAGAUCAAGAAUUUGAACCCAAUUCUAUCUGUCUCAACAUGCAAAUGCUUUUUACCAGGCCUCACUGCCCCCUAGUUCUGUGGGGGACCCAGGUUUCCUGUUCUGAAAUAAGAGGCAUAUGGCUUGGCCCGUGCCUCCAGCAGUUGCCAGUCUUAUGAGCUUUAUAAACCACGCAUCAGGUGGCCUCUUCACAAGGACGGCCCUGAGGUACUGGGGUCGAGCGGGCUUGCGGCAGAAGACAGGACAUGCCCCACAUGCUGCUCCUGGACAUCCUCCCACCUUGGUAGGGCUUUUCAUUAGAGGUUCCCAGAGAGAGGCGCCAGGGCCUGGGCUGACCGCAUAAGACUCCCCUGAAGAGCGUAAACAGGGGACUUCCCACUCCCUCACCUUCCAGGGAAUCUUAUCUAGAAGGUCAGGAGCGGAGCCGAGAUGACGCGUCGUGUAAGCACUUGCACAGCUGUGGUGAGCUGCCUGGGAAUUUCUUUUUAUCCUCUCGGGUCUCCACGUGGACCUGCCAUGUUGAUGAUGCCGUUGUCAUUUGAAGGUGUUGAAUCUGAAGUUCAGAGAAGGAAGUGACAUGGCAAGGUACCCCUGCCUGCUAGGGCCCUGGAGCUGAGCGCCAGGCACUGCACUGACCCUAGGGCUGCGUGGGAGCAGCGUGGGAUUCUAAACAGGAGGUCUGGAAAGCCCAGGCCUGCUCACCUGAUUACCGAGGAAAACAAAUAUUUAGCUGCUGCCUCUUCACUUCCCAUACCUAUUUUGGUUUGAUAGUCUAGAUGCAGAAUCUUUGGGCCUAUUUUAUUUACUUGUCUUUUGAUCUGCAGCCCAGCUCUGGGUUACAAGGAGACCAGGUAGGCCCGAUUGGCUUCCAGGGAUGUUUGUGGAGGAGGCAGCGUCUCCCGCCUCUCAGAGACAUGAACAAAUAAUGGUUUAAUCAUUGACGCAUCUGCCUCAGGAGACCGUGCCAGCUUUGAAUGAAGACGAUUGAUAGGAAGGGAAGGAGCCAGCCCAUGCCAAGGCUCGGUACCCCAUCAGCCCUCGCUUCAAGCCAGGAAGGGGGUAGCCAGGUUGGGUGAUUUUAGGGGGCAUGAGCAGGCCAGUGUGCUUCCCAGGCAGGUCGUAGGGAAACCAGCGCUGGCCUCAGUGCCUGUUUGGCACCCUCUUUCCUGAGCAUAUUUGAGAACCUGCCACUGCCAAGUCCUCAGAUGCUGCUGAGGGUAGCUGCAAGCAAGGCUUCUGUGAGAUUUGACCAGGAAAGAGAAAGCAGAGAGGAGAGGAUGAGAGCAGCACCUACUAGGAUUUUACGUGUGCAGGCGUGAUGCCGAGCGUAGCUACGGCCCCUGCUACUCUUACCAUCUCACCGAGGCUCAGAGAGGUUAAGCUCCUUCCGUGGAGCCACAUAGCUGGAAGUGGAGGAACCAGGGUUUGAAUCUGGGUGGCUGAUGGGCUGCCCUUACUGAAGGCGUCCUGUGUGCUGGGUCCUGUGCUGGGUGCUCCAGGUGUCACCUCCCUGACCCCAGGGCACAGACACGGACACCAAGGGCCUGGCCAGUGCCCAGCUUCCGUGGCUGGCAAGUGGCAGAGUGAGGCCUGCCCCAGCGUGGGCUCCUGCCUCUUUCCUGUACUAAAAGCGUCAUUCAUGGCAGCGUCUGUGAGCUGAGGCUCCAGGGAACCAGCCACCCCUAUCGAUUCUGACUCAAAGAAAGUGAGAUGACUUCAGUUCUGAUGUUCCAGAGUCAUGUAGGGGGUGGAAAACAUUCCAGAGUGUGGAAGAACUCGACCUCCUGAGGUUUCUGAACCCAGAAAGCCUCGCAAAUCCCUCCCAGGGUCCGAUAAUCAGAUAGAGAGUGAUGAGUUUUCUCCUGUAGAAUGUUGAAGGCAAAAACGUGGUCAGAUGUGUUAAUGUUCCUGGUUUUAUUGUUUUGUUUGGAUGACCCUUUCAGUGAGACCAUUUGCCCUGAGGAUUAAAACAAAAUUAAACAAUAAAAUUAAA